UUCACCCAUUGGCCGCUUCACUUCCUGCACGCGCGCUGGAGAAGCGCAAUCAGGUCGCUUGUUGUUGCCGUGUGCGCGUGCGUGCUGACGGAGCCGGUGCGCCGGUAAUCUCAGUGCUGUACCAUGGAGCUGCAGGGCAGCCCUGAGACGGAUCCCGAUGAUCUCUCCAGAUACCAUCCCGGUUCCGUCCCACAGGAGCUGCAGGCCAGAAAGAAAGAACAAGAGAAGCUGUCGGGGGUGGUGAAAAGCGUCCACCGGAAACUCCGCAAGAAAUACAUUGAAGUGGGAGAUUUCGAGAAAAUAUGGCGUGAGCACUGCGAAGAUGAACAGACCCUCAGUGAAUACGCCACAGCCAUGAAGAACCUGGCCGACAACCACUGGGCGAGCAAAUGUGAGGGAGAGGGACGCAUCGAGUGGUGUCGAAGUGUUUGUCAGGAGUACUUCCAGGAUGGAGGAAUGCGGCGAGCUUUGGAGAAGGAUGAAAAAAGCGCCAGGCAUGCGGCAGCUGGAAAUAACACAUCUGUGAACAAUCUACCGCAAUUCUCUAAUCCAAGCUCAUCGUUCCAGAUUGGAAGGAUACGACUUUUGGAUGUGGGCAGCUGUUUCAACCCUUUUCUGAAGUUUGACGAGUUUCUUACUGUCGGUAUCGACAUUGUACCAGCAGUAGAGAGCGUCUUCAAAUGCGACUUUCUCAACCUGCAGCUGCAGCAGCCUUUGCAGCUGGCCAGCGACGCACUAGAUACCUUUCUGCAGCAGUUGCGCGGCCCCAUCGAAGCUCUGCCCGCCCAGCUUUUUCACGUGGUGGUCUUCUCCCUGCUUUUGUCCUACUUCCCUUCACCCUAUCAGCGCUGGCUCUGCUGCAAGAAAGCGCAUGAACUUUUGGCCCUGAACGGCCUCCUGCUCAUCAUCACCCCCGACUCGUCCCACCAGGGCCGCCACGCGCUCAUGAUGCGCAGCUGGCGAGUCGCAGUCGAGUCGCUGGGCUUCAAGCGCUACAAGUACAUCAAAUUCUCCCACAUGCAUCUCAUCGCUUUCCGCAAGGUCUCGUCCACCACCAGCAGUGACCUGGUCAGUCGCAACUACCCCGAGAUGCUUUACAUCCCUCAGGACUUUCAUACGUUAGAUGAGGAGGGAUUUACAGAUUCGUACGAGUCUCCACGCUCUGAAUUCGAAGACGACCAGUUAGCAUGGAGCUUUGCGGAAUUACCAGACACGCCGUACGAUUCGGAUUCGGGUGAAAGCCAAAGCAGCUCGGCGCCGUUUCAUGAGCUGGAAGACUCCAUAUUGUUGCACAGCUGAACUUGUUUAACAUUAAAUACCCUACUGUCGCUGCCAAAUUGUACCGCUGCAUUUGUGUACUUCACCCCUUUCAAAGCAGCAAAUAAGUUUGCACAGAGUGAAUGAGGACAUGGUGAUUUUUAAAAUAUCGUUCUAAACACAAACGCACUAUUCGACAUUUCAAAACGUUUCGCAAUAGAGGCAAUGCGGUUUUCGAACAGAAACAGCUGUGUGAUCUCAGGUUGAAGAAGAUUUUGCUCAUUCAAUUCGGCUGUUUUCUCAUACAUUACAACAGUCAGCUAAAUAAGAAUUGAGGAAUUUCGAACAACUCCUAAGGCGUAAUUGUUGUUAGUCAAAAUGCGCAUUGCAUUGAGGUUGCAUUGAGGCUUACUAAGAGCUGCUGUCUUAGUUCUUCGAUUGCAAUUCUACUGGACAGUUUGGAUAAAGACUUCAUCCAAACAUUUUCCAGAAAUCGCCUUUAAUGAUUAUAUUUGUAGCAUUUUAAGUGUCUGCAGAACUUAAAUACGUUGUGUUUGGUUUGGUAAUGUGACAGUGUAACUGUGAAUGUGGAUUUCUAGCUUGGUUCGAACAUGGUACGACUCACGCAAAGUAGUCUUAGUUUUCGAGAACAAACUAUCUUACAGGUGAUCGAUUGGAUGCAUGCUUUUAUUUUCUUUGUGUUGUUUCCAAUUUUGUGAUCAAAAGGCUUGAAAGUAGCUUUGAGUGACGAUCUGCCUAUGUUUUCAAUUUAUCACUGCUAUAACCAAUAAUAGUAGACUCCUAUCAGAUUGCUUGUCAGUAGUAUGUAUUAUAGAGCAGGUUAGAUUUCUCUGCAUUUUACCAAAAUGUGACUUUAUUAAGUAGAAGGAUUGUUUACUCUUGACUGUUUACUCUUAAAACCUUCGGUUGAUCUAAGUCUUACUUUCUGUGUAGUUUACAGUGUAACUGGUGUGUAGCCUAUUGAUUUUCUUCAAUUCGUUAUUUUAGCUUUCCAUUUCAAAGUAAAGCAUUUCAAGGUACUGUGGUUAAAAAGUACUCCACCAAAUAUUUCAAUAGCAGUUUUACGGAUGUACAAUCAUAACUCGCGUAUGGAGCUGCAGAACUUAAAGGGACAGUUUACCCAAAAAUUAAAAUUCUGUCAUUUAUUCACCUUCAAGUUGUUUCAAACUUGUAUACAUUUCUUUGUUCUGCUCAAUUUAAAAUAUUUUGUAGCCAAGCAGAUUUGGGGCACCACUGACUUCCAUAUUAUUUUUUUCUUCAAUGGAAGUCAAUGGUGCCCCAGAUCUAUUCAGCUACCUACCAUCAUUUUUUUUUAAAUAUCUUCAUUUGUGUUCACUAAAAUGUAUACAGGUUUGGAACAACUUGAGGAUGAGUAUUUUCAUUUUUCAAACUAUUCCUUUAAGGCUUUUUAAUUCACUCCAGGUUCUUAUAAACACUAUAUUAAGUGUCCAAGCACAUAUUUGCACGUGUUCGAUAACACCCUCUAUAGGAAUGGCAAGAUAUUGAUACUUAACAUCAGCAGAAGCACUUCAACAGAAUCAGCAAUAUAUUAAUAGUUACAAAAGGUCAAUAAAAUCCUAAAUUACCAUAACCUGACAGUUUUAUUAACUAAUAACUAAUAUAAGGCACUGUUUUUAUUAACGUGGAUGCUGAACUGUAAAUCUAAAUGAGAGGAUACUGUGAUGGUUUCUUAACUCCUGAAAACUCAUGCAAGAUGUUUUUUGCGUUAGGGUUGUGAUGAUGUUACUAUGUUUGACUUCGGUGGUUAAGCACUUUAAAGGUGUUUUAGGGGUGCCAAAAAUAUGGAUGGAUUUGAUAGAACAGCAGAAGAGAUUUUUUUCAGGAUGUCUCAAGGUGCCUUUAAACCCAAAUUGUAUUUUUGCAUUUGUGAUGGUAAAGACUGAUUUCAAGAACCGGCUACUGAUUGUCAUUUGAAAAUGAGUUAUUAAAAGUUCCCAAAAUACACAGUUAAAUACCUUUAGCAAAUAAACCAGCUCUCAUCUCAAUACUAGAAACUGCCCUGUAAUGAUUAUAUUAGCAAUAGUAUUUAAAAGCUCUGUAUUCAAUUUAUAAAAAGAGUUUUAAAACCACAAAAAAAAAGAAAGAAAAAAGCUUUGUAUUGUACUGUGUACUUGUGGUGGUGUGUUCAAACAUUUACAUAUCAAACGCCUUUGUCUUCCUUGGGUUUUAAUCCACAGUUUGCAUGAUUGAUUUUCUCUAUCAGUGUUAUGAUGUUGAAUCCCACAGAACUGGACUGUUUGUGAGAAUGAUUUCCAUUCAUUUUACAAAUAAAGGUUUGUUGCCUUA